UGGUGCUUAUGUCGUAUUAUUUGUUACCAAAGUGAUGGUCCAAAGACAUCUCUUUAAUAUGGAUCGAUCUGGCAUGAUCUUAUUGGUCAUCACUUUACCAAAAAUGAACCUAUACAGACCAAAACUAUUGAAAGGAAUUGCACUAGAAUUUUUAAACCCAACUAAUAAUUUUCCAAGUUGUAUUAUCUAUAAAUACCUCUCCAUGCUUUUGCAGCUCUUCAUCCCUCCAUCCUAUUACUGUCUUUCAUAGCUUUCUAUUCUACUAAUAACAAACAAGCCUACAAUGACAUUCUUGCCCAAUACACUUCCCAACCACUUUCUUUCUUUCCCACCCUUUUUACUCUGCCUCAUUAUCCUUGCAUUCCCCACUUUUUUUGAUUAUGCUGCUUUUGCUUCUUCCUUAACUACUGGAAAACAACCAAGUGAAGCCACGGCUCUCUUGACGUGGAAAGCUAGCCUUCACAACCAAACUCAAGCUCUCCUGUCCUCCUGGGUUGGAAGCAACCAUUGCACUUGGCUUGGAAUUGGUUGCAACAAGGCCGGUAGAGUUGCCCAUAUAGAGCUUGAGGGUUAUGGUUUGAAAGGUACUAUUUCCAAUCUUAAUUUAUCAUCCUUUCCUCAUCUCCUCACCCUUGAUCUUUUUAACAACUCACUUUAUGGGACCAUCCCCCCCCAUAUUGGUAGCCUUUGGAGACUCACCUACCUUAUCUUGUCACUUAACAAUCUCUCUGGAACAAUUCCGACCGAAAUAGGCCAACUAACUAAUCUAAGGGGCUUGUCCAUGUAUGGAAACCAAAUCGGUGGCUCCAUUCCUCAACAAAUAGGAUUGCUCAGCUCUCUCAAUAUUCUCAACUUGUAUACUAACAAUCUCACGUGUUCAAUCCCUUCUUCAAUUGGAAACUUGGGCAACUUAACCAUAUUGUACCUUUAUGACAACCGACUUUCCGGAUCAAUCCCUCAAGAAAUUGGGAUGCUGAGGUCUCUUGUUGAUCUCGAACUCUCAAGGAACAAGCUCACAGGUUCAAUCCCUGCAUCUAUAGGGAACUUGAGCAACUUAAUCACUCUGUACCUUCAUCACAACCAACUUUCCGGAUCAAUCCCUCAAGAAAUUGGGAUGCUGAGGUCUCUCAUUGAUCUCGCACUCACAAUGAACAACCUCACUAGUUCAAUCCCUGCAUCUAUAGGAAACUUAGGCAUGUUAACCACUUUGAAGCUUGCUGAAAAUAUGCUUUCAGGACUCAUUCCUUCGACAAUUGGAAACUUGACAAAGUUGAAUGCAUUAGACUUAAGUCUAAAUUCAUUAUCAGGCCCCAUUCCGUCAGAGAUAGGAAAUUUAAAACAACUUGGUUAUUUGAUUGUCAUUUAUAACCAACUCACUGGCUCUAUUCCUCAAAGAUUGAACGAUCUUACACAUUUGAAAUGGUUUCAGAUAGCUUACAACAAGCUCGCUGGUCAUUUACCAGAAAACCUAUGCUUUAGUGGAUCACUUACAAGUUUAGCUGUACAAAAUAAUAAUCUCACAGGUCCCAUCCCUAAAAGCCUGAAAAAUUGCUCUAGCUUAUACAGAGUUAGGCUUGAGGGAAACCAACUUUCGGGAAAUAUAUCAGAAGAUUUUGGCAUAUACCCAAGCUUGGAUUACAUUGAUUUGAGUCAUAACAAUUUUUAUGGUGAGCUAUCUAAAAACUGGGGAAAAUGCCACAAUUUAACUAGUCUCAAAAUGUCUAACAAUAAAAUUUCUGGUAAGAUACCAUCUGAAUUAGUAGGGGCAACUCAGCUAUCCGUUCUUGAUCUCUCUUCAAAUCAUCUCAUUGGGGAGAUCCCAUUGAAAUUGGGAAGGUUGGUUUCACUAUUCAAGCUUAAGCUGGAUGAUAACUAUCUAUUGGGCAAUAUUCCUCCAGAAUUAAGUAAGUUGUCCAAUUUAGAGAACUUUAACUUGGCAGCAAAUGAUCUUAGUGGCUCAAUCCCUAGAGAACUUGGAGACUACUUAAAACUAUUGAACUUAAAUUUGAGCAAUAAUAGAUUUGGGGAAAGCAUUCCUAUUGAAAUAGGCCAGAUCAAUACUCUUCAAAGUCUUGAUCUUGGUAAUAACUUGCUAAUUGGUAAGAUACCACAACAGAUUGGCAAAUUGCAAAGAUUAGAAACAUUGAAUCUCUCCCACAAUGAGUUCUUUGGUUCUAUACCAUCAUCUUUCAAUAAAAUGGUAAGUCUUACUUCCGUUGAUGUGUCAUACAAUCAGUUAGAGGGUCCUCUUCCUGACAUCAAGGCCUUCCAAGAGGCUCCAUUCGAGGCACUCAAAGGUAAUAAAGGUUUAUGUGGUAAUGCUACUGGUCUGAAGGCUUGCUUGACAAAAUUGAACAAUGGGGAUGUUGAAAAAAAGGGCAAGAAAGUUAUGUUACUAACUGUACUUCUUGUUUUUGGAAUUUUGUUUCUUUUGCUAAUAGUUCUUGGCAUUUUCAUGGCUUUUCAUAAGAAAGUGAGGAACACAAAAAACGAGCCAUCAAGAGUAAACCAUGAUAAUGCUUUUGCAAUAUGGAGCUAUGAUGGAAAAGUGGUCUAUGAAAAUAUCAUUGAAGUCAGUGAGAACUUCAGUGCCAAAUAUUGUGUUGGAGAGGGAGGAUAUGGUGCCGUUUAUAGAGCUGACCUACCAAAUGGUCAAGUAGUUGCUGUGAAGAAACUUCAUGCAGCACUUGAUGGUGACUGGGCUAAUCUAAAAGGGUUUACAAGUGAGAUCCGUGCAUUAACUGAGAUUCGGCAUCACAACAUUGUAAAGCUGUACGGUUAUUGUUCACACCCAAGGCACUCAUUUUUGGUUUAUGAGUUCUUGGAAGGGGGAAGCUUGGGACAGGUGCUGAGUAUGGACGAUGAUGUAGUAGUCUUUGAUUGGAUUAAGAGAGUGAACACUGUUAAAGGUGUGCAAAUGCUCUGUCUUAUAUGCACCAUGAUUGUUUUCAACCAAUCAUCCAUCGAGACAUAUCAAGCAAGAAUGUUUUGUUUGAUUUGGAGUAUGUGGCUCACAUCUCUGAUUUUGGCACAGCUAGAUUUAUGAAUCUCAACUCAUCCAAUUGGACUUCCUUUGUUGGGACCUUUGGUUAUGCUGCUCCUGAACUUGCGUACACAAUGGAAGUGAAUGAGAAGUGCGAUGUAUAUAGUUUUGGGGUGUUG